AAAGGGAAAAAAUAAAUGCAAAAAUGUUAAUUCAAAACACGGGUUUGAACUCGCGAAUCCUAGGAUGACAAUUAGGUAUGUAUUGUAAUGUAACCAUUCGACAAACAUACUUUAGAAAAGACAAUAUAGAGUCAUUUAACAUAACAUAGUACAAUAUCCGCAAAAUAUCAGAACUUCAAAAAGCUAUAAUUUCGAAACUUAGUCACUUCAUUUCACUAUCGUUAUUAAAUCGGCAAUAUAGAUAAUGCCAUGUGAUAACCAAUAUGACCUAUCCAUUAUAUCACGAAUUAAGAUAUACAGGAUACACGAGAUCCUGAUAUCAGCAAACUAUUGAUUUCGACGGUUCUUAUUCAUCAAAUAGACAUAGAGCGUUAAUAACUAAUAACGGCGACAAGGGGUAUUACUGUUCACACGGUCACACACCACUAACAUAUCCAGUGGUUAUACAGUGGAUGUACUUUUCAGAUAUCCAUAAUAUUCAUUAUUAAAUAUUUAUAGCUUCCAAUGGAUACCUAAAAGAUGUCCAAAUGUCCGUUUUUUUGUCAUUUUUAGAUAUGCUAUUUCAAUAUCCAUUGGUUAUUAGUUGGAGUUAUUCAUGAGAUAUCUUAUAUUAUGUAAUCCUAAUGGAUAACCACAAGUUAUUAUUUAUAUACUUCAGUUUAUGUAUUAUAAAUCAAGUGGAUGAUAACUUGAGAUAUUUUUUUUAGGUAUACAACAAAUAGUAGAUAAGGUUUAUUUAACUGUAUUGAAUUACUAUUUGUAUGAAUAACAACAAAUUUAACUUACUAUAUUCAUUUCUUUUUUAUAAAAUCUAGCUUCUGUAUGUCUUAUCCAGUUUUUGAUACAAGUAAUAAUGUCAGACUCUUUUGAAUCUUUGACAUUUUUGAAAACAGCAUAUAUUUGAAAAUAUGAAUGAUUAUACUAAGUUAUAUAAAAGCUAUAAAAACAAUUAAGCAUCAAUAAAAUUAUCUUACCAAUGAUUAUCUAGGAAUACCUACAAUAUAGAUUAUUAAUUAUUUUAUAUAAGAAUACUACUCAUACAUAUUUCUUGUGUUGAAACAUAUAAUUAAAUUAAAAAUAUUAUACACAUACAAUUUGCGUAAAUCCCAAAUUCGGAAUUCCAUGUGAUAUAUUGAUAGUGGAUACUAUGUUAUUAGUACAAAACUCGCCACUACAACCUUUAAGCGCUACUUGUCAAUUCAAGGACGAAGAAAGUUCGGAUAACAAUUGAUAAGUGCUCGUAUAUCCUGUAUAUUUUCUUAAUUCGCGCAUUAUAUAUUAUCUUAUUAUCUAUGGUCACGACCCACAGUUUUAGAGCCGCUACUCUAUGUGGUCAGAACUAGAAAAGUGGUUGUGGUCCAAUAUAUUUUGUAGUCUAAUUCUAAUGUGAUAACGUUGCACGAUAAGAAAAAAAAUCACUAUCGUGAUAAUAUAAUUGCCUGUUUUUUUACUUAGGCACUUGGGUAAUUGUUGUCAUUUGUAUUAAUUACACCGUCCGUGAUUAAAUAUUGCGUGUUUUGUAUGCAGUCAUAUUUUAUUUCUGUUAUAUUCUCUUCAGUACCUUUAAUGCCUUUCAGUCAACAGACAAUAAUAAUUAUGAAUCUCAGGAAUUGUCAUUGAUAGCUGUAUUCAAACAACGGUCUCUGAACUUCGCAACCAUGGCGACAGGUCAGUAAUCGUCUAUGUUUACUAAAUAUUAAUAGUGUUUUUAUUUUUCAUAUUUGGUUAGCGAUCCUUAUGGACAAUUCUACUUCUACAACCAAAUUUUCAUAUUUUAUAUACAAAAUAGCUUGCAUAAUAAUAGAUUAUGAGUCGUUGCACAGUGAUAUGAUAUUGCACAGUGUAUCUAUAAAUUUAAAAAAAACUGGUGAUGAAAUAUCAAAAAUAAUCAUAGAACAAUAUUAUUGUGCUUGUUUGUUAGUGUCCACCUAUUUUCUAGGUUUCAUUAUAUUUUUACCCGCAAUUAUAACUAAUAUUAUAUUAAAUACCAAAUAAACCAAAAGAAUAAACAAUAUUUUUACAUUAUACCAAGUAUAACAAUAGUAUUAUUUUCAUUUAAAACUGAAUCAUACUUAGACAUGUAUACGUUUUUCUAAACUUAUAAAUAUACCUAAAGGUAUAAAAUACCUAUAUAAUGAAAACAAACUAUAAAUUAGUUAGAUUUAGCUAAUAAAUUAAAAAUGAAUAUGUUUAUGAUUGAAUGAUCUGAAAAUAUAUGUAAAAUCCCCAUGUAUUUUAUUUGAUUUUUUUAAAUUUGUUCUGUAAAUAAAUAUAUAUAAAUAAGUUGGAUAUUAUUUUUUAUAAAUUAUAAUGUUAUUCAUUUAAGGUAUAAUUAAAUUAAAUAAUUUGAUGAUUUUAAUACAAUUUAUUUGACUAAGUAGUCUUUUUUUUAUUAUUUUAUACAUUAAUCUACUAUAUUUUGUUUUAUAUCCUAUAACUUUAUUUAACUUUUUUGUAGGAACAACUAGAAAUAAGGUUGCCCUUGCACCAGGUCAUUCAUUGAUGGAUUGGAUUCGUUUGGGCAAUUCAGGAAAUGAUUUGACUGGAGUUGGUGGCAAGUUAUUAUCUGUUUCAAAAUCAGAAUUAGCAAAACACAACAAGAGAACGGAUGCUUGGUUAGCUAUUCGAGGAACCGUUUAUAAUGUUACGCGAUAUAUGGAUUUCCAUCCUGGUGGUGUUGAUGAACUUGUACGUGGAAUCGGUACAGAUGCUACUAAAUUAUUUUCUGAGGUAAUGAAAUGCACAAAAUAACAAACUGUGUAAUUUUGUUAACUGUUAACACAUUGUUUACGAAAGAUUGUGAACGACAGAUACACGCUUGGGUGAAUUAUGAAUCAAUACUUCAGAAAUGUGUGGUUGGACGGUUAGUAAAUGAGGAACGAUUCAAAUUGCCUAACCUUUUGAAAGCAGAUACAGAAGUUUCUGAAAAUGAUUUGAACAUGGAUUGGUUUCAACAACUUGGCUUUAUAUGUUUUGUAUUUUACACAAAAACACCAUAUCCUGAGGUAAAUAGAUAAAUAUUUUACAUACUGUGCAUAAUAUAUUUAGAUUUAUAAUCUUUGCUCAUAAAUAUUAUCAAAAUCAAAGUAGUUAUUUUUUGUUAUUUCCAUAUUAAUAUUAAAAUAAAAAUAUUAUAAAAUUGUAAUUUUAUUUUUUUUAACAAUAAUUCUUAAUAACUCGUAUAGCAUAUGGACAGUAACGUAUUUAGACAUACAUUCAUAUUCAAUAAAUAGUUUCUUAAUUAAAGCAGUUUUAAUUUCUAGAAAAUAGGCAUGAAAACAAUUAAUAUUCAAUAUAAGGCAAAGAAUAAUUGUGCUGAUUGCGAUUCCUUAUUGUAUGAAGUGUUAAUUUAACAAUAGGUUCUCUUAACUUAUCCCUCCUUCUAGGUCUCUGUGUGUUUACCUCUCACAAAAAUCUACUACCAAAAUGUACUGUAAAUUAUUUAUUUUUAUUAUUUUAUAAUAAUAAAUAAUGGCCUUAAUGGCUUUUAAAGCCGAAGUAGGAAGAGGAUUAUUAUUUUUGACAGCUUUUUGCACAAUAUACACUCAAGCCACUGAUGAUUAAACUAUAUUCAAUUUUUUUUAUAUACAGGCAUAUAAUUUUGACAGUAUAGCUGCUUUGGGGUUUUUUUUUCUGGGGAUUUUUCUGAGGGAAUUUUUUUCUCGGGAUUCUCGGGAUAUGAGUAGUAUAGAUAUUAAUUACGAUAAUAUAAUUAUUUCUAAGAACUUUUUUUUUGCAGGUGUCUAUUACAUUAAAACGACCCAAUGAAUUUUGUUUUGUACUAAAUGGAAAAACCAGAUCAAUCAAUCUGCAUAAAGCUGUCACUUGGCCAUGUGUUGUAAAAAUUGUUGCAGAUAUUGGAAAAGUUCAAGUUAAAUUAAUAAAGAAAGUCCUUGGACUUUGGCCAAUAUUUGGGACCAUCUCAUUAACUAAACAUAUUCAAAUUGAUUAUUGGAAAUGCGAGUUACUGGUUUCUUAUGAUGUUACUGAUAAUGUUAAAUAUUUAUUAUUUAAAUAUGAACAAAAUGUAUACAAUCAUGUUUAUCCUGGACGACAUAUUUAUGUUAAAGCAAAUGUGAAUGGUACAUUAUAUUAUAUAAUAUUUGUAUGAAAAAUGAUUUUAAAAUGUCUGUCUUUUAUAAGUUCGUGUUGUAUAUUUUACGGUUUAGGUCAUAAUGUAUCUCGUCCGUAUACUCCUGUAUGGCCUAUAGUUGAAACUACUGAAUAUGGAAGAAUAUCUGAAGAUACAUUAUGUGUAUUAGUAAAAAAUUAUCCAAAUGGAAAAUUAAGUCAACAUUUAUGUUCAUUACGUCAAGGAGACUCAAUUGAAGUUAGCCGUCCGCAAGGAAAUUUUGAGUGUUGGACGUCAAAAACUAAUUUAAUUUUAUUGGCUGCUGGUACUGGCAUUACACCAAUGUUAUCAAUCAUAUGGAAUGCUUUACACUCGCCAAUUAAAAAGUAAAUUAAUUUUUAUCUGAUAUACUUAUUCAAAAAAUUGUAAUAAUAUAAUUUUUAUAGUGUAUUAUACACUAUACAUACCAAAUUUAGGUUAACAUUAUACAUGUAAUGUUAUAUUGAUAUAAUAGUUAUUAUUUUUCGAAUUAUCUUAAUUAAAAACUCUUAUUAUUAUAUGCAGGUGUAUACUGAGUCACUUUUUUACAUCAAAAUUGUUUAAAUAAAGCCCAUUUUUAAAAAUAAGUUCCAAUUCAUAAAAGUGAAAUUCUUAGGUACUAAAAUAGGUAAUUUAGUUCAAUACAAAUAUAAAAAAACUGUAUCAAUGAAGGGCUUAAACAAAGAAGGCCUACUGGGAAGUUUCCAAAAACCUGGCGGGCAUUUGAUUAUUUAGGAACAGGAAAAUAAAUAAAAUUAAGUACAGUGGAACCUCAAUAAGUCGAAAUAAAUGAUGUUCCCUUGCGAAAACCUCGAUUAUACAAAGAAAAAACUAUAGAUAACUCAAACAUUCUAUGUUCCAUUUAUAGUCGGAUAAUGAUAGAUAAUUUCUAUAAUCAUUUGUCUAAUCAACUUUUGCGUUCCAUAAUUUAAUCUAAACGCCUUUUAUCGUAUAUAUUUCAUUAUGUUUAUUGUAUUUAUUUUUGUAUUUUUCAUUUGAUUUAUUGUUAUUACAUUCGGUAUUUUUAGUAAAACAAUUUUAAAAUAAUAAUAAUAACAAUACACACUGUAAUUAUAUGUACAUAUUAUAUACUAUGUAAUGAUUAAAAACCACAAAUAUAAUACAUUCAUACAUUUUAAAAACUCAUAAGUCAAAUUUUUCUCCUAAAAUCUUGAUGACUCGAAAACUUCAAUAAGUUUAAAUAAAUUGCAUUUCCCUUAAAUUUCGACUUAUUAAGAUUCCACUGUAUUAAUAUUAAAAUAUUAAAUAGUAUAGAUAUAAAAGUAAAACAUAAUUAUUAUUUAACUAUCAUUGAUCCAUCUAUGAUACAUGUUAAUAAAUUGAGUUAACUGAGUAUUAAUUUGAUUCUAUAUAGUUGCAGGUAUAAUUAUAGUAAACAAAUAUAUAAAUAAACAUUUUAUUCAUGACAUUUUUUAUUUAUAUUGUUAAGGGUAUUAACCAUUUUAAUAAUUUUGUUUUAAUUUAUUACUUUAUUAUGCAGGUAUAAUGUUACAUUGUUAUUUUGUAACAAAAAAGAAUCCUAUAUAAUUUGGAAAAAUUAUUUAGAUAAAAAAAGUGCCACCAACUCAUCAAGGUAUGAUUAUUUUUUUAAGUAAUAGUACUAACGUGCAAUGUAAUUGAUUGUAAUGCUUAAGUUUCUAAUUAUUUUUACAGACUGACUGUACGUUAUAUUUUAUCAGAAAAAGAAAACUACGAGAGUGGUGACGAAGGUCAUGUUGAUGAAAAUAUAAUCAAUAAAUAUUUUCCUGUAUUUAAUGAUAAUACAAAAAAUGAAUAUGCAGUAUGCAUAUGUGGCCCUCCUGGUUUCAAUAAAUUAUGUGAAAAGUAUAUAUAAACUAUCAUGUUAUAUAAAUAAUGAAUUUUAAUUAAAUUGUUUCUAUAGGUUAGUAAUCCAGCGAGGCUUCAAUAAAGAUGAAUAUUUUGUCUUCGGUUAAUACAUAUCUUGAAUGUUAUUUUUUUUAUAUAUAUAAAAAUAUACCAUU